GACAUUUCCUGGCGGAACAAAAAUUUUAACCAAGUGAUCCAAGUCGGUAUGUAAACACGGUGGCACACCAGUACGACGUUCGUGUAACCACAGUAGAAAAACUUUCAUGUCAUUUUUGUGACUGUCCGGAAAAUUUCUUGUGAAGUAUAAAAAGAAAAAUGAGACUAUUUCCGAUACUCCGUAAUGUCGACAAGUUCCGGACUGUUUUUGAUUUUGGUGGACGGGACGUGGCUCAUUGGUUCCCGGGACACAUGGCCAAAGGACUCAAGCAAAUGAAAGCCAGCCUGAAGAGUGUGGACUGCGUUGUAGAAAUUCAUGAUGCCCGGAUCCCGUUCUCUGGGAGAAACCCUUUAUUUCAAAACUCACUUGACGUCCGACCACAUAUUCUUGUUCUCAACAAGAUGGAUUUGGCUGAUCUCUCCAACAAGCAGAAGAUCUUGAAAAAACUUGCUAGAGAUGGGGUAAAGAAUGUUCUCUUCACAGACUGUUUAAAGCAGAUUGACAGCAGCAUUAAAAAGCUGGUACCAAUGGUGCUGGAAAUUCUUGAGAACAAGCCACGAUAUAACCGGGAUGAGAAUAUAGAUUACUGCAUGAUGGUGAUUGGAGUGCCAAAUGUGGGGAAAUCAUCUCUCAUCAACGCGCUGAGAAGGACAAAUAUGAAAAAAGGUCGGGCGUCUCGAGUAGGUGGGGAGCCCGGUAUAACUAAAGCUGUUCUGACGAAAAUUCAGGUGAACGAAAGGCCUAAAAUGUUUCUGCUGGACACUCCUGGAGUAUUACCGCCUAAAAUAGAGAGCGUGGAAACUGGCAUGAAGCUGGCUCUAUGUGGAACUAUUCUGGAUCAUUUAGUGGGUGAAGACAUAAUUGCUGAUUAUUUACUCUACUCUUUAAACAGGCUAAGGAAGUUUAGUUAUGUGGAGAAAUAUGAGCUUCUAGAACCCAGUGACGACAUCCAGCACGUCCUGAAACGAAUUGCUGUAAAACUGGGAAAAACUCAGCGGGUCACAGCCCUCACUGGAGUGGGAAAUGUUACAGUUACCGUCCCAAACUACACAGCAGCCGCUUACGACUUCAUCAGAGUCUUCAGGAAAGGAGAGCUGGGACAAGUCAUCCUGGAUUGAACGAGAGCUGUCGAAGCGUUCUUCACCUCGAAGGAUAAACUCUGCUUCAUAUGUGGCAGACCUGCAGAAUGUUCACAACAAUCUCCUUCCUAUGCUUCUUAUUUCACCAGGCGAGGCAGAUGUCAGUGUAAACAGGAUAUUUAUUAGCAUAAAGACAGUGAUAGCAAACUUUAUUAUGUACAGAAGUGUUUGCAGGAUCUAAUGGAGUGCAAUUAUAGCUUUGGAACAGUCUGCUCCUGAGUGGAAAGGAGGUUUAAAACAAAAAAAGACAUGAAUAAGGGUGUUACAAAAGCUUUAAAAAACAGUUCAUUUGUUCUGUAGUCUUUUAAGGGAAUGUCACCUUCACACUGACAAGUUUGGGGGAAAAGGUAAUGUGGUUUGAGGCUGUAGAUUCUAAAAAUAUUCAUAUUUUUUAUAACUAGUUGAUGGAAAAAAAAUGUGGUUACAGUUUUAACAAACAAAAAAAAAAGAUGCUGGUGAUUUUUUUUUUCUUGUACUUCAGUUUUUAACAAAUCACUUCUUUACAACCAUAAAACUGUUAAAUAUGAAAACCAUGAAAAUAUAGUUUGGCAGUGCAGCUUCUAUUGGCAGGAAACACUGAUUUGGCUUUCAACUGAAAGUUUUUCUCUUUUAGAGGAAAUAAAAAUGUGACAAAUGUGCAAACUUUAGGUGAAAUGUGUGUACUUUAAACAGAAUAUGUGUUUCCCUACUGGUAUAAAUGGUUUUGUGUAAAAACGUA